GGGCUACUGUGUGUGCAAGCCUGUAGUCCUUGCUGCCGGCGUGACGGCAGAACUGGCUAGUGAAAGUGACAGGAAACGCCAUACUUCCCUCCACGUGAGCCCAGAGCUUGCAUUCCAGCCCUCGGGCAUCCAUAUGGACCAGCUGGAGGACCAGAAGGAAGUCUGGACCUGUCACUGGAGUCAGAGAAAGUAGAGCUGGUAGUGACGGCCUCCAUCAGUAUGAUGCUAGCCUUCCUACCAUGGACACAGAGAUGAUGCCCAAGUUCUCCUCAAAAGAUGAAGAAAUUGAGUACUGGAAAAAUCUGUCCAUAAAGUACAAGCAAAGUUGCCAUGACGCCCAGGAGGAGCUGCUGGAGUUCCAGGAGGGCAGCCGGGAGCUGGAGGCCGAGCUGGAGGCCCAGCUGGGUCAGGCCGAGCACCGCAUCCGCGACCUGCAGGCUGAGAACCAGAGGCUCAAGAAUGAAGUGGAGUCCCUGAAGGAGAAACUGGAGCAGCAGUAUGCCCAGAGCUACAAGCAGAUCUCCAUGCUGGAGGACGACCUGGUACAGACACGCGGCAUCAAGGAGCAGCUGCACAAAUACGUCAGGGAGCUGGAGCAGGCCAAUGAUGACCUGGAGAGGGCCAAGAGGGCCACCAUCGUGUCCCUAGAGGACUUUGAGCAGCGGCUGAACCAGGCCAUCGAGAGGAACGCCUUCCUGGAGAGCGAACUGGACGAGAAGGAGUCGCUGCUGGUGUCCGUGCAGAGGCUGAAGGACGAGGCCAGAGACCUGAGACAGGAGCUGGCUGUUCGGGAGAGGACGACUGACACCACGCGCAUGUCCGCUCCCAGCUCGCCCACGCUGGACAUUGAUAAGAUGGACACAGCAGUGCAGGCCUCCCUGUCCCUACCAGCCACCCCAGUUGGGAAGAACAUUGAGCACCCCUUCAUCACGCAGAAAGUGUUGACCAAUGGGAACUUGACAAAUGGAAACUCAGCCCUGACCCCCUCUGCCAGAAUCUCAGCUCUCAACAUCGUUGGAGACCUCUUACGAAAAGUCGGGGCAUUGGAGUCCAAACUAGCCGCCUGUCGGAACUUUGCCAAGGACCAGACGGCGAGGAAAAACUACACAGGAAAUGGGAAUCUGAUCAACAGCAACGCUACCAAGUUCUCGCAUUCACUGCACACAACGUACUUCGACAAAACGACCAUGAACGGUUUGGACCCCAGCUCCCUGACGACCAUGGCCCCCCCACGGACGGUGUCUCCGCCCGGCAUGCUGCCCCUCAGUGUGUGAGAGACCCAUCAAGCCCCUCCCCCUUCCAUAGCAGAUGAACAGAGCACGGAGAGGACUCAUGAAAGAGUGCAAAAUUGGUGUUGUGGAUAAAGACAUGAGAGAGAGAGGGCGAUGGUCGAGAGAGCUUGUGUGUGCUUAAAAUGAAACUGAUCAUGGCCAGUAAGUGUGUGUGUGUGUGCGCGUUUGUGUGUGUGUGUGUGUGUGUGGAGAAAGAAUGCAGCAAGGACUGUGCAGCACUGCGGUGUGAUAUGUUUGUGAGCGUGUGUGUGUUGGAAGCAGAUGGCGUUCCCAAUGUUUGCCUGGCAGGUUCAUGUCAGGUGUAACAUGUGAAUGUGCAAGUGAAUGUGUGGCUGGCUUCACCACAGCUCAAGUGGACUUUCAGCAGCUGGCGGCUCCUCUCGCACAAACCAACUCCACGUGACAAAGGUCUUCGGCUUGGACUGCAACAGCUGCAUUUUGUUUUCUUUUUUGGCAUUUGAAUGUGUUACACAGAUAAAAGAAAUGUAUUUAAAAUUUGUCAGAAAAAGGGAUUUUUUUUUUUCUUUUGAAGUU